AUGGCUUCUGCUGCUGGGCGCUGCUGGGACUUCACCUUCUGUGGGGCCCCCGGGGGCCCCUUGGAGGCCGUGGAGAACCCCCCGGGCUUUGAAUUUGCUGCUGAGGGUUUGGAGAAGGAGACGGAGUUCCUCGCUGCACUCCGCCAGCAGCAGCAGCAGCAGCAGCAGCAGCAGCAGCAGGGCGUUUCUUCUGCCUGCGGCUCUCCGCGUGCCGCAGCAGCGCCGGGCGCCGCAGCAGCAGCAGCAGCGCCCGCAGCAGCAGCAGCAGCAGCAGCAGCGCCGCCGCUGUCGGAAGAAGCCGUGGCUUUGCUGCAGCGGAAAGUGUGGGAAAGCGCAGUGGCCCCCGCCAAGGCCCUUUCUAUGAAUCUGCUGAUGCUUUACAUGGGCAGCAGCAGCGGCAUUUUCGGGGUCUUGAUUGCGGUGUACGCGCUGCACUCGGGUGUACGUACACUGCGCCAGCUGCCCGUACACUUCAGCGCCUUCGCCGCCGCCCCACACCUCCGCUGCGUCCCGCUCGCCAGGUUUCUUAAGACCCAGGGGUGCUGCAGCACUUCACACGCGGCAAUGCGGUCUUCUGGGUCUUGGGCGCACAUCUGA